CAUUCAUCACCACAAUCACCUGAAGAGCCAAAGCAGCAAAAGAAACAAAAAAAAAACAAGAAGUGAAGUCAGAUCUCGAAAAAGAGUUUACGAAUCCAUGGGGGAAUCAAAGAAGAAAAGCAGAUCAAUGGCAACACAAAGAGCUUGGAGUCUUGUGAGAAUGGCUCUUCUAUGGGGAAGAAAAGGUGGAAUCUUCAAGAGAUGGCACAUGUUUGAGCUCCGUAACUUGUUCUCCAAGCAUCUCAAAGCCCUAAAUCAUCAUAACAGCGUUGACAACAACCGUUAUCUCACACGUUACGGCGAGAAACAGCUUUCUUUCGACGAGACGCCAAUAUUUAACGUUAAAAUGCAUCGCCCUACAUCCAUGAGGUUCCUCUUGCCUUGCAUUGCUCGUCCCGCUGACUUUGACUACGAUUUCGAAUUGGAUGGUACUCAAGAUGAUACUGACGAUGUUAGAUCCUACGGCUACUACGAUGGUUCUUGUAAUGAGAAAUGUGAUCGUUCGGCGAAUGAUGAUCAAGAAGAGGAAGAAGAGAAGGGUGUUGAUGUGAGAGCAGAGGAGUUCAUUGCUAAGUUCUAUGAGCAGAUGAAGUUACAGAGGCAAAUCUCUUAUUUGCAAUACAAAGAACACAACGACGUCGUAUGAUGAUUUAUCACUUCAUUUUGAUUCUCGUGUUUUGUUUUUUUUCUCUCAAUUUUGAUGAAAGAAGUUAGAACCAUAAGCCUGAAAAGAAAAAAAAAUAUCCAUUCAUUUAUAUUUGUUAUUAUAUUCCACAUUAGAGAAUUAACAGAGUAAACAUAUUUUGUAACAGAGGACCGAGCAGAGUAAUAACUAGUAGCUUAUUAUUAUUCCAAAAGAUAUGCUGGAGAACCAAAAGAAAUAUAUAAACGUCGGCUCCAAUGGCAAAACAUCAACAAUUAGCAUCCAAUGGCAAAACAAUAAAGUACGACUUUGAUCAAGGGGCCAACAGAAGCACCUUCAAGAACAGCAGAAACAAAGAGAAGAGAAGGCCUCUUUUGCUGAAUCAAAACAAACAACAAUAUCAGGCAAAUGGAACUUUAGUACAAUAAGAAAGCAGCCAAUUCAUUAUUAGGUAUAUAAAGCCUUUGUACGUGUUCAGAAGGAGGACAUGGAAGUAGUCAAAUCAUAGUU